UUUCCAUAUGUGGGCCUUAAUUUAUACAGUUGCUCUCUGUUCUCCUCUUUGUGAUCUUUCAUUCUGUUCAUUCUAGUUGCUUUGUAAGUUUGGAAAAAAAAAAUAGUAUGUAGGUAGACCUGGAAAGAGUACAUAUGAGCAAAAUUAUUCUUAAGCGAAAUUUUAUAUAUUGUAAAUUAUUUUUCAUAGACCAUCAUCUUGAAACUUAUCACAAAGAAAUAUGGAGAUCUUUUCACCAUUAACACUGCAGAGAUUCAUUUAUUUAACAUUAAACUGGCUUCCCACUCUGUGCCAGAUGUAGUUCCAGGUGCUGAGGAUUUCACAGUGAACCAGACAGACAAGGGCCCUGCUCUUGGCCACACACGUUCUGACUGUAAUUGCAGUAGAGAUGCAGACAACAAACAAAUCAUCACAUACACAGCCAUAUCCACAACCUCAUUACCUGUAGAGCUGUUGAAUUUAGUCUCAUGGUGCUAGCCCCCCAUCUUGAAAGAGGUGUUUAAGGACCUUAUUCUGGUACAGGAGAGAAAGGAUGGGAAGGUCAAGUUUCUCAUGGUUAAACUGGAGCUAAAUGUGAUUUACUUUCAGAAUUGUAAAGAUGAAAACUCAUUCAUUCAUUAAGCAAAUCUUUAUUGGACAGUAUAUCAGUCAGGUUUCUAUUAUGUUCCAGGCUUUAUAAUAAGGCCCUUAAGUACUUCACACUCUAGUUGGAAAGAUGGAGACAUAAAAUAAAUAAUUUCAGAUAAAUGUUAUAAUGAAAACAUAUGUCAAAGGGAGAACCACAAAAGCAGUAACUAACUGCCUGGGGGAAGGCUUUAUCAUACGGUGACCUCUAACCUGUAUCUUAAAGGUGACUAGAAAUACAUGAUGCUUCAUUUGUUCAGCAAAUGUUUACUGAGCACCUUCUGUGAGCCAAGCACAGUUGUAAGCACUGUAGACAGCAGUGAACUAGGCAUAGUCCCUGCUCUCUUGGCAGCAGGGAAACAGACAAUAAACAUAUAGACAAACAAUUAUGUAUUAGAUGGUAAUACUGCUAAUGCAAAAAAUAAAAUAAAAAAUAAAGGAUACUGAAGGAAACAGGGAGUGAUAGAUGCUGUUUUAGAGAGUGUGUCUAAUGAGAUGACAUUCGAUCAGAAGCCCGAAUGACAUGAGAGAUUGAGACCAUGAAGCAGGGGGAAGUCAUGUCAGACAGAAGGAACAGCAUAAAUAAGAUGUAAUAAUCAUGAAAGCAUGGCAUCUUUAGUGCAAAGUGGGAUAGUCUCACUGAGCACGCAGUUAGGUGGGGCGCAGGGAGUUGGAGGUGUUUGGUAGUUGAAGCUGGGAAAGAAUUGGCAGAGGGAGGCAUGGAGAGAAGAAAGGAGGACAAAAGGGAGGGGCCAAAUGGUGAAAAGCCACGUGUUCCACACUCAGGAGUUUCAUUGUUGAUAUUGUGGCCUGGGGGAAGAGGGGCUAGAUUUUGAAAAAAAAUUUAAGAGGAAAAUGACAUGGUUAGAUUUUCAUUUGGUCAGGUUUGGUCUGGGUUUUGGCAAAUUACUCUAACAGCGGUAUGCAAGAUAAAGUUGAAAGGAGGUGCAGAGGAAGUUAAUUAUGAUGUUACUAGAGGCCUGAUGCACGAAUUCGUGCACAGGUGGGGUCCUUCAGCCUGGACGGUGAUCGGGGCCAAUUGGGGCCAUCUUGCCUAGUUCCAAUUGGGCCUGCCAACCUGGGGAGGGACCAUGGGAGGUUGGCUAGCUGUGGGAGGUUGGCUGUGGGAGCGCACUGACCACCAGGGGGCAGCUCCUGCGUUGAGCCUCUGCCCCCUGGUGGUCGGUGUGCAUCAUAGCUACCGGCCGGUAAUGUGGCCUAAAUUAAAACAGUAAGAUGAGGCUAGAGUUCAGAUGUUUUAGAAGACCUAUUAAAGUAAAAUUUGAUUCCCUACAAAGUAUAGGCAAGGUCAAGAACCACUCCUAGGUUUAAGCUUCAAUGAUGAUGCCAUUAACCAGCUUAGGGAGCCUUGGAGGAAAGCAGGUGUAGAAGUGCAGAUAAUGAAUUUUAUUUGGGGCACUGGGAAAUACAGAACUGGACAUUAAAAGUCAAGUCUGAAAUACAGAUUUGGCAUUUCAUGGAAAUUUAAAAAGGAGAAGGAGCAAGAAGAGUAGUCAGCAUUGUCCGAUACUACACAGAAGUAUAGUGGGAUACAGAUUUUUUUUAAAGCCAUCAGAUUUGACAGUUGGAAUGUCACCAAUGAUUUCUAGAAGACCAAUUUCAGUGGACGUGGUGGCAGAAACACAUCAUGCUUGAAUUGGAGAGUGAACGGGAUUGUCCAGCCCAGGUCACUGUCCUCUUAGGAGCUUUGAACUUGAUGUUUUUCUUCUCUUCCCCAUCCCUCAUUGGCUUUUUCCACCCAUGCCCUAAGACUGGGUGCCUGAGCUGCAGACAUAGUGGAGGGGAAAAUAUUCUAAGAUUCUUGGGUCUCUGAUGUGCAAGGAGCCAGGAUGAGGGGAACCUGGUGUUGGUGAGUCAGGUAUUGCAGGGAGCAGUCAGUGGGGAAGAGCUGGUAAGGCCAGUCCGAGACCUGCCUCCAGAGGGGAAGGGAGAUGAAGCACAUAGGUCUCCAUUAUAGGCAGGAAUUCUGAACCUGGAAGCCGAAGUAGGAUGAGGUGCAAAGGACUUUAAGGGCUGGUGGGAGAAACAUGGAAUUAGUUGAGAACUUGGCCCCGUGAGAGAGUGGAAUCUGGCAAAGUGUGGGGGUGAGGGGUAGAAUCUGACAGCAAAUUAAUGUUAACUGGAAAGUCAGGCAGCGAUGUUUAGGUUUCUUGGGACACAGGGCAUGGACGUGUGCAAAGGAGAGACUAUUGGCAGUGCUGUGACCAUAAAGGCAGCAUGAGGGGACAGCUAAUGAACUGAAGGCCAGUCCCAGCAAUACCUGGCAUCUAGACGUUUAACAAACGUUUGUGAAGCCAAAUGGGGUCGUUCAAAUCAUGUGGAGGAAAGGAAUUAGAUACCCGAGUUCUGAAGGGCUGUAAGUAAAUACCUAGGUCCCUUCAGGGGUAGGAUGGAGGCAGUGACUAAGGAAUCCCAGGCAGCUUGGAGGUGCAAAGCUCAGGGAGGGAGUUGGAAGUAAAGUUCAGGGUAGAGGACGCAUUUCCUUAACCUUGGAGACCCUAAGACUUAACCGGUGCGUCUAUUGGAUUUCCCCACCACGGAACACACCCUUGGCCUGUUUCUCUUGCCUGCACUGCCAUCUCCACCCUCUGGGGGGCGGGGCUCGAGGGCAAGGCAGGUAGGUGGCUGUUGUGAAGCCUCGAGAGCCACCAGUUCCUACCAGACUUCCUGCGUGGGCUGCGGUUUUACUCCAUGGCGGAGCGCAAGCCCUCCCACUUGUCCCCUCAGCCAGUUGGUGGUGGGGGCGGGCCCAGAGGGCCAAUGCCAGUGGGUAUUGACACUCCAAUUUGGUUAAGUGCCCAUGCGGCCCCUGGCAGUUUGAUGGUCAGGCCGGGUGUCCAGAUGGGAAUCUCCCCGAGCCCUGAGGUGUGGGCGGUGCCCCUGAAUCCCCCGUCAUACAGAUUGCGGGGCGAGGUGGUGCCCUGCGAGGCCCUGGUCGGAGCUGGCGAGGCGGGGGCCUGGCUGCAGAGCCCUUCAGAAGGCACUCUCCGUGGGCCUCUCAGCGCGCUGCGGUACAUCCCGAGGUUGGCGCUGCCCGAGGACCUCUCGGCCGUGGAGAAAGAGAUGGAACAGCUGGCCAAGGAGCUGAGAGAGAGGAGGAUGACCCUUGGGUACUCGCAGGCCGACGUGGGGUUCGCUGUGGGCGCUCUUUUUGGAAAGGUGCUUAGCCAGACGACCAUCUGCCGCUUCGAGGCCCAGCAGCUCAGCCUCGCCAACAGGUGGAAGCUGCGCCCGUUGCUGAGAAAGUGGCUGGAGGAAGUGGAUACCAAGAACCUUCUGGGCUUAUGCAGAAUGGAGAUGAUCCUGCACCAGGCUCAGAAGUGGAGACGGGCAAGCAGGGAGAGGCGCAUCGGAAACAACCUGGAGCAAUUCUUCCUGCAGUGCCCGAAACCCACAGCCCAGCAAAUGAGCCGCAUCGCUGGGCAGCUUCGGCUGCGGAAGGACCUGGUCCAAGUUUGGUUCUAUAACCGGAGCAAGAUGGGCGGUCUGCCAACUAAUGAUUUCUGUCCACCGGAGGAGGUGGGGGUUGCCAGGCCUCCUUUCCCAGGGGGAACAGUAUGCUUUCCCCUAGCAUCCGGGCUCCGUUUUGGUCCCCCCAGCUAUGGGGGACCUUACUUUACACCCUUGUACUCCUCAGCCCCUUUCCCUGAGGGAGGCGCCCUCCUCUCUGCCCCCAGCACCACUCCGGGCGCCCCCAGGCUUUCCAACUGAGGGCCUGCCCUUCUGGGGAGAGCCGUGCUGGGAAACAUCCCUGGCGCUCCCGUCGGGGCUUCAGCAUUAGUUCUGGUUCACUGU